ACUGGCCAAUCACGUCGAGCCACAGUGUGUUUGGAAACAACACUCCCUGGUAUUUCACAUGCCACGGACUGUGACUGUCGCUUCCCUGUCCCAACUACAAAGUAUCGCUGUGAUCAAAUGGCCUGCUACUAGCUACUCAGUAAAUCGAAUGAUUUUUUAGUACUUUAUUGUUCACUUGAAGGUUACAUUUUGUCGGACCAGCGCACAGAUCGAGAGAGAGAGAAAGAGAGAGAGGGGCGCCACACAAAACGGCAAAGAAAAUGGAUAUCCCAGGUUUUCAACAAAAGACGAUCACGCUUGUGAUUAAAGCCCCGAAUCAAGUACACGGUGACAAAACGAUCGAGGGAGUCGAGCUGAACUGGACGGUGCAGAAUCUAAAGACACACAUAUCGAACGUGUACCCCGGUAAUCCGGCUGCGGUUGAUCAGAGACUAAUCUACGCUGGAAAACUGCUCCCAGACCACUUCCACAUCCGAGACGUUUUCAGACAGACGGAUACAACUCCCACUCUGCACCUGGUGUGCUCCUUUAGGACUACUGAGGCUCAGGGAGCCAGGCCCAAGGUAAGGGGGCCGGAGCAGCCAGAGACCCAGCCCUCCUCCUCCCCUGCCCUCAGCCCACAGGUAGGCAGCAUUCCACCCCCAGUGCCUGCUGGCCCAGAGCUGAGACAACGCAGACACCCAUCCCACGACCAGGCCUCUGCCCCCACACCUGGAGAGGCCCCGACCCCCACUUUGGCACCUGGGGAGGCCAUCUGGCCUGGCACUGCAACGCCAGGAGGACCAGAGAUGACGCCCCCAGCCUUCCCAUCUUUCUCUCUCUACAGUCCCCAGCAGCUCCUCUGGUUACAGCACGUCUAUGCACGCCAGUACUACAUGCAGUACCAUGCUGCAUUAGCAGCAGCAGCCUCAACCCCAUUGGCCCCUCCCACCGUUGGACCUGCUGUUGCCGCCCACCAAGCUCCCAUCCCUGCCGCGCUGCCCAAUCAGAACCCCAUUGACAACUUGCCAGCCAAUCAGAACGCCCAGGACCCUGGAUUCAUUAACCCAGGAGCGGCCAAUCAGAACAUGCGGAUGAAUGCACAGGGCGGGCCAGUGAUGGAGGAUGAGGAGGACGUGGACCGUGAUUGGUUGGACUGGAUAUACACAGCUGCUCGAUUGGGUGUCUUCCUCAGCAUCGUCUACUUUUACUCCAGCUUGAGUCGCUUUGUCCUGGUGAUGAGCAGCCUGAUCCUCAUGUACCUACACACCGCUGGGUGGUUCCCCUUCAGGAGGAGAGCUCUGGUCCGAGGACCCAACCCCCCUCCCCUCCAGCCCCUCCAGGCUCCAGAGGCCCUGCAGAACCCGGACCGGAACCCCAUCCCACCUCAGGGGGAGGAGCCUGCUGCAGGGGAAGGGGCAGAACCAGCACUAGCUAUUGGUCCGGAGGGACAGCCUCCUCUGACAGCCGUCCUGGUUCCUCCAACCAGAGUGUCUGUGAUGUGGACGGCGUGGGUGUUCCUCAAGACGUUCUUCUCCUCUCUGAUCCCUGAGGCCCCCCAGGCCGUGGUCAACUGAUGGUGUAGUACCCCAACUGGACAGCAGGGGGAGACCAAGACCAGGACACUCUCACAGGGUGUGUCAGUCUGGCUGUUCUCCUUCAACAGAGUUCUACCAGCUAGUUCGACCGGCCCACUCAAGAGCCUAACUUCUAUAAAAACUCAAAUGACUCUAAUAAAGACCCAUGAUCUGUGCAUAAAGGCUAAUGUACUCAGCCCUGCGUCCACCUGGCUCUGCCUGGCUCUGGGGACAUGUUCACAUGAGGCAUCCUGCUGAACUGAAACUUGUCUACCAUGAAUAUUAAGACCACAGCGAAGGCUUGAGACUGUAAGGUAAUGAGUGACUGAUACAAAUGUAUUUCGAAGAUCUUGAACAAAAUACAUUGUGUUCAUAUACCGACAAAGAACUGAGGUGCCCUUGAUUUGAUAAAUCAGUUACAGUGGCAUGGAAAUGACACCCACCAUACUGCAAAAACCUGAGGUAGAUCGUAUUCCCCUCGGAGGAAUUUGACCUAGGUCUGGUGUGUAAAGUUCUGAUGUUGAUUUGAUCCUUCCGGAAGAUUCUGACCAAAACCAUGGCUGUUCUCUGCCAAACAUGAUAUGUACUGUAUAUGACUGUUGUAUCCAGAGGCCGAGUGAUGUCAACACCUCUUUCACGGUAUCACUUCCAGAUCCAUAAGAACAUAGGAUUAUUCUAUUUGUAUUGUUUUACAGAGCACUUUAUGUCCUGAAUCUUAUUAUGCAAAUGUACUGUCCGUACCAGGGGUUUGAAUAUUGGUGAGACGAGGAAUGUUUCAGGAAGUAGGUUGACUUUUGAUAUCAGCGUAAUGGAGAUCUGAGUCAGGGGCUUUGAUGGAUGGAAAUUAUGACAAGUGACAGUUCAGUUCUUGUGUGGGGCGGGGCUUAGACAGGAAGUGCAUGCUGUGUUGUGUAGAAGACAGAACCAUGUAAACAAUCUGGUCAAACUUGACACUAAGGUUACAUUAACUGCCAUGGAACUACAUAGCAAUACCUAUGGUGAAAACCUUGCAGGUGCAAAAUAAUUGCUAUAUUCUUAAAUGGUAUUAGGUUUAGGUAAUUACAAAAAUGAACACAGGCCCAGUAUGAGGGAGGGGUGUAAGGGGUAAGUGGAUGUUAUAAAAGGGCAGUUGAAGGUUGUGUAACCAAACAAGAUGUUAACAUCCACUUACCCCUGGAAAGCAUAAACUCCCCCAUACCAAGUUUCACUUGUGUUAUAACUUGUUAUAACUUCUAAAGUAAUGAGGUGGAACUACAUAGCAGUGCUUUUGUAACCACAAUGUUGUUACUAAAGGUUUUGCUAUGUAGUUACAUAGUAGUUAAUGUAACCAUAAUGUAAAGCGUUGCCAAAAAUCUUGUUACACAGAAAAGUUUCAGAUGUAUUUGUGAUUCCUUUGGAAAUGCCUCUAUAUGUACAUAAAUACUGUACACUAAGUGUAAUCUUUAAACCUGUUUAAGUUUUGAUUUUAUUCUGAAAAAAGAAGCAUUUUGGUGAAUGAUAUGAGUGCGUUGGAGAGACUUGCAAUAAAACAUGCAAUAAAUACA